AUGACGUUCAUAGUUGCAUUCUGUCAGGCGGAUCUCUCAGUCUCAAUCUCAGUCUUUGAUGAGAGCCACGCCAUGGAGAUGGAUGGAGAAAGAUAUAGAGGCUUAAUCUGCAUGAAGUGGUUAUCAAGAUAUAUCAUACUUGAUAAGUUAAAAUUCUGCAGAAGCAUUUCUUAUGCUGCAGUUGCUGCUCCUGCCGAUCAGACUAGCAGGAGGAAAUUAGCACUUUUCCAGAGACCAGCAUUGGAAUUAUUUGGAAUGAUACAAGCUAGACCUAUUGCGCAUGAUCUAUUCAAACGAGACUCAAGAUAUCAUAUUUUGGCAUGGCUAGAAGCUUUGGAGGAAACGAGACUCAAGCAAAAGUAA